CGAAACAAACAGGAAUUUUUAACUCAUCCACGAAAUUUGAUUGCCGCCGAAAAAAGAAUUGCAGAUAGUUCUAAUCAAACAUCAGCAAAUAUCUAAAAAUGCAGCGCAAUCUAACGCAAUCCAAGGAAGCCCUGUUGAAAUCCUACAAUUCUCGACUGAAGGAAGACAUUCGAAGCAUGCGAGAAAAUUUCGAAGAAAUAAUUCGGCUUGCCAAAGGUGAAAAUGAUACCCAACUAUCAAAGAUAACGCAAUGCGAACAGGACACGUACGAAACGCAAGUACGUGCAGCAAACAUUGUGCGGGCUGGCGAAUCACUUAUGAAGCUCGUGUCUGACAUCAAACAGUACCUAAUCCUGAACGAUUUUCAUUCGGUCAAUGAAGCCAUCUGUAGCAACUCUACGCUCUACCGUACCACACAGAUAGAUCGCGACAACAAGUUGAUGGCUGUCCGGGAUGAUAUGGCGGCCGAUCUGUACGACCUCGAGGAAGAAUAUUACACAAGCAUUUACAAGUGAAAAGAUAGGUUUAUUUGCCUUAAUAAUAAAUUAACAUAACACACACGAUAUGGGUGCGAUUUUAUUUAGAAGCUUUCUUCUUUUUCUUCGAGCUGAAACGAUCGAGCACACUUUUCGAUUCAAGCGGUAUGAAAUCGGUCGAUUCCGGUGUA